AUGAGCAAAACUGAAAAACCGCUUUCUACUCUUUGGGGUUGUGAACUCAGUGAAUCGAAUAAAGAAGAAUCCUUUAAGACGGAUGACACGAACCACCAACACCAGUUGGCGCUUAGAACGAUGUGUCUGGGUCACACCGCCAAAGAUGAGUUCAAUAUUAUCGAGUUGGUCACUGGCGAGGGCAAGAGUAGGGUGAAAGCUGUUCCAAUAGCAACACUACAUGUGAAAUCCAUGCCAACGGUAAAUCUGUCUAGUUUGGAUCUUCAUCCACCAGUGACUUUUCGACUGAAGCACGGCUCUGGGCCUGUGUAUGUCGGAGCGGAACAUGUAGCCUUGGAGGAGUAUUCUGAUGAAGAGAUGGAUGAGGAAGUAGAAGAGGAGGAAGAUAUUGAAGAAUCACCAGUAAAGAAAGUCACAAAAAACGGUGCUGGCAAGAGAAAGCCAGAAAAGGCAGAAGAUGAGGAAACCUCAGAUGGGGAAAAUCCACCUAAAAAGGGUAAAGGAAGGGGACGGAAGGCAAAGGUGUGA